AUGCAGCCCACUGGUGAGCAUAAGAUGAAGAAGCUUUUGCGCCAGAGGAACAUGCAAAAGCAUCCAGGUAUCCUACUGUACAGUCCCAUGUGUUGGGCUCAAAGUGGUUACCAAUAUGGACGUAAUGAUCUAACAUCUGGUGUACCCGCAACUGUGGCCUCACCACUAAGGCCUUUGACUGGAGGAUUUCCAGCCGCCUCGACUGCAGCAGGUGCCUUUCCCACUGCACCAACCGCAUUUGGCCCGGGAACAACUAUACCCACUGGACCCUUUGGAGGUUUUGGUGGUUCAGGUCAAAAUCAAAGACCCAUAGGCGGCUUGUCACCUACUGGGGUCACAGCUUUCGGAGGGGCCGCCAGCAAUCUGCCAAAACGUCCCAAUAUUGCCCAAAGACCCAGCUCAACAGGAACAUCAGGCACCGGCGGUAUUUAUGGCCAAACACAAUUUGGUAAUACCGCCUCAGGCAGAGGUGGCAGUGGUACUGGGGCAAGUGGCUUAGAUGCCGAUUAUGAGGGAGAUUAUUCAGCUAUACCUGGAGUGCCUGGAGUGGACUAUCCUGUUUAUGGCCAAGUGCCAAGAACUAAUUUCGAUUGUGCCCAACAACCUUUGCCGGGCUAUUACUCGGACAUUGAAGCCCAAUGUCAGGUUUUUCAUAUUUGCGCCUUGAAUCGCACCUACUCCUUCCUUUGUCCCAAUGGCACCAUAUUCAGUCAGGAAGUGCUGGUAUGUGUUUGGUGGAAUCAAUACGAUUGUGCCUCGGCCCCUAGCCUGUAUGCCAAUAAUGCCUUCAUUUAUGAUUAUGGCAAUGAUAGAAUUCCCACAAAUGCUGGCUAUCAACAGUCCGCGAAUCAAGGGCAAAUAGGAAGAGGCCAAUCGGGCUUAUUGGCAGCAAAUGCUGGCAGGCCAAGUAGCCAGAGUUCCAGCAAUAUAUUCAAUCAACAACGUCUACAACCCUCGGUGACUGGAGGUGGUGGGGUGAAUGUUCAACCUUCAGCCAUAGGGGCGGUACAGCCAACAGGCGGUUUUAAUGCUGGCUCCACCAGUGCAGGUCGCUUUAAUCCUGCUGCCAGCAAUACAGGAGGACAAACAUUUCCUGCCACCCCCACGCCCUUUGGCUCCGUCCUACGUUCGGGGGCAGCAGGAGGAGUCGUUGCAAAUCCCGCCUCCGCCGGUGGAGGAGGAGGUAACUUCAAUGCCAACGUUGGAGAAACUGCGUUUGGAAAUGCUGCGAUUGCUAAUCCAACAACUAAAAAUAGAGAAUAUUUGCCACCUCCCUCUCGCCGACAAUAGGCUGUUGGAGUAGCAGCAGAUCAUGGAGGAGAAGACGUAGGCGUAGACCAUGUAGAGUUGAUAUUCCCCGACCCAUCCGACACGAUAACGAUUUUAGGCUUUUGUACCCGGUUUAAAUGUUCCUCAUCCGGAAACAUGUGAAAACGAAACUCGAAAGUUCUACUCCAAAGCGAAAACUCCCCGAUUUAGGGGUAAACUUUCGCCUAGGCUAAAAAAAAAAUUCUAGCUUAGUAAAAUAUAUAUACGUAUAUACUUUUUUCGAUUUAUUUUUUUUUUUUUAAUUAUUAGUUAGCUAUAAUAACAACCAUCAGCUUCAUUCCAAAAUUUCUUCUCUUGGGCAU